CUGUCUGAUUGGCCUGACUCUCAGUAUAUGGAUUCUACCUUACCUCUGUUAGAAGAAGAUACAACAAAAGGUGUUUUGAGCCUGACUGAACAAAGGCUUAUCACUUCAGUAGCAAAGAAAACUCUCCAGAUACCUCCUGUUGUAUCAAGAGCAGCACCUUUCCAUGAAUUUCACAGACAGCACAAGAAAUCAACUCUAGGAGAAAUUAGUAGUAGGGUGGACCCUGAGGAUGCAGCCACCAUCAUCUUCCCAAACUCAAAGGAAGCAAUGUAUGGCACUUACUUCUCUAGUAAAGGUAACGUUGCACCACUCCCACCCAGCAGCUCCAUGGCUUCGGCAAAGAAAUCAAAGCCGGUGCGGACAUACCCAGCUCAGCACUUGGAAUCUGAGCUGCAGGUUCCUGCUCAGCCACAGCUUCCUCAAAUGUCUCCAUGCCAGUCCUUACAGGAUUCAUGCUUUGACGGCCACAUUGCUGUUUACCAUGGCACAAUAGACAAGAGAGCUCCAGGCUUUCUGGCCUUAAAGCAACAACAUUGUUCAUCAUGGGGGAGCAUUCUCUCUUUUUUGGAACAUACAGAAAAGCUUCUUAAGGACUAUGCUGUACCCUUGGCUACAAUAAACUGUAAAAAGUUGGCGGAAGUUGCGUCAGGCUUUGAGCUUAAUGAGAAUCCCACCAAAAGUGACAUUCUGUCAGUGAUAAAGAAUCAACCAAGUGUGGAAAAGAUCUUAAAUCGACCUGGCCAGAGAUACAAAGGCCAAGGGGGUAUCAAAAUGGCCGCGACAAAGAUCCAAGCAGCGUGGCGAUGUCACCAGGCCAGAAGAGCCUCCGUCCGUUGCAGGCAGCAGCAGUGGGCAUCAGGUGUGAUCGCUGCUUCUUGGCUCUUGCAUCAUCACAUGGCACAUGUGAAGAAGAGCCUGAAGGAAUCACGUCAGAGACACCUGGAGAAUUUUUACAUCAGGGCCAAGCAUCUGGCAGCCAACUGGAAUCGCAUCAGGACCUCCAGGAGGACUAUUAUCCAUAUCCCAUCAUUAGGAUAUCCCCAGUGUGUCCGUGAGCAUAUUCCUGAUCUUGCUCUCCAGCAGAACACGCAGAUGGGAAGGCUGUGUGACAUACUGGAUGCCAACGUGGACGUCAUCUACAUCUGCCCCCUUCAUCUGAGUGAGGAGUUACUGCGGUAUUACAAUAAACUCCUGGGUCUGCAGGCAGCUGUUAGAUCUGGGAACCCCGAGGACAUGGGUGACCUGCAGGACAGGUUCAAAAUUCUCACCCCUGAAGCUACAAACAGCUUCCCUCAGCAUCACAUGUGCCUAGCCACUCAGCUGAAGUACAGUCCCAAGACAAUCAAAAGGAUAAAAAUUCUUACCCAGAGCAGAGAUGCCUACAUUAUUGGAGGGGUUCCCCACCAGGAUGAUUUAGCAGUGGCUGACAUGCUCAAUGUGCCUAUAUUAGGCUCGGUGCCAGAAGUGGCUCAGCUCUAUAGGACCAAGUCUGGAAGCAAAAGAAUUUUUGCCAGUGCUUGUGUGCCAACCCCUCCUGGAGAAUCUGAUAUCUACAGCCAUGACCAGCUGAUCAGUGUGCUCAGCCAGCUCAUAAUUGACAAUAUGGAAGUGUGGUGUUGGUUGUUUAAAGUGAACAAUGAAGCUGGAGGAAAUGGCACUGCUUAUUGUGAUAUCUCAUAUCUGAGAUGCUACCACUGGGCUCAAGAGGAAUGUCAGAGAUACAGCCCUGAGAUCUGGAGUCAGAAGUGGGCCCAUGAGCCAGCUUUGGUGAAGAUCUCCCAGGAGCUGCCGGGCCUUUUAGCACAGCACGUACAGCCAGUCAAUGAGAAACGAUUCCCUACAUGGGAAAAAUUCCUCCAAACAUUUCUUAGUCAAGGUGGUGUGAUAGAAGCCUUCCCACCCUCCAAGAACAUCACAAACCUGACAGUGGAUAUGCUGAUAGAGCCAACAGGCGAGAUAAAGAUGGUGUCAUCUGGAGAUCAGCUACAUGCUGAAGGGCCUUUGAGAUCAUCUGGCACUACCAUUCCACAACGUUCUGUUGAUCCAACAGUUCUUAAUGCGCUCUGCUUCAAAAUUGGAGAAACCUGUAAAUCCAAAGGAGUGCUUGGCUACUUCUCAGUUGAUUUUGUGACUUUCAUCCAUCCACGAAGGACAGAGCAGCAGGUAUGGGCAACAGACCUUGACCUUUGCUACAGUGACCAGCUGGCCUUGACUCAGCUCAUGUUGUACGUGACAGAUGGAAACCUGGAUUGUCGCUCCAGCCACUUUGAAGUGUCUCUUGGUGCAAAGAAAAUGAAAACCCAACUGAUGUCACUUCUCAGCUCACCUUCUCCACUCAGCAACUGGUGUGCAGUAGCAAGCACUCAACUGAGGCACUCCAGCCUUUCUGGAACCUACUACAACGCUCUCUUCCAGAUGUGUAAAGCUCGUGGUGUUGGAUUUGACCUCCAGAACAAUCGGAGAGGAUCUCCAGGGGGUCCUCCUGACCUUUGCUCGCAAUCUCUUCAUCAUCCAUCAAGAAAUAUCACCACCUAAUAUGCAAGGCGAGACCAA